AUGGUCUGGGUGGACGGCAAGUGGAAGGCUUCUGGCGAGAUGCAGGCCUACAGGGAGGGCCAGUCCACCAGAACCCGCUCCCGUACGCGGGGAGGGGCUGGUGAAACCUUCCAGCAGCUGCGGGACACGACGAGCCACGAGCGCAUGGCAACGAUCCGGGGCGUAAACCAGCUGGCUGACGUCCUGAAAGAGGCCAUCAGAAGGAAGUGA